UUUCUCUCUUUUUUUUCCUCUCUCUCUCUCUCCAUUUGCAUGGAGCUUGAAAGAAAAUUGAGAGAGGAAUUCCCUUACCUUUCAAGCCUUCUUUCUGACUAUCCAUUAAAACAAGAAGUGAUAGCAAAUGGAUUUCCUAAUGAGAAGGGAAUGUUUCAAAAUCUUGAUUAUCCUAUUGAUGGAGACGGGUCAAUUUUCAAUAAUUCAACCAAUCUUGAUAAUUUUAUAGCCCUUGAAGGGUCUUCAAAGAAUCCAUUUUUGGGGAUUUCAUCAAGCACAAAUUUCGAUAUCGAUAUCGAUCCUCUUAUCAAGACUUCUCUUCUUCAAAAUGGUAUUGAUCCUCUUAUCGAGACUUCUCUUCUUGAAAAUGGUAGCGAUCAUAGUUUAUUCUCUACUACUACUACUAAUACUAACGAUCUUAAUAAAGCUUUUGUAUUUGCAACCGAUUAUAAUGGCGGAGAUUAUAAUAACAGGCUCUUGCAUGGCUUCCAAUUACCAAAAAUUGAAGCUAAUCAUCAAAAUCAUAUAUAUUAUCAGAAUAUGAGUCCUAACGUGGUUUUAGAUCAAGAUCAAGUCUCAUGCGUAACAGCAGAUAACCGUGGGCACAAUAAGAAAUUUGAUCAUAGAAACGAUAAAAAGCUUCAUCAAAUCAAGAAAGUUGGCAAACCUCAAAAGAAAUCCCAUAUAAUCAAAGGUCAAUGGACUCCUCAAGAAGACAGAUUGUUAGUGCAAUUGGUGAAACAAUUUGGGAUUAAGAAAUGGUCUCAUAUCGCUAAGCUGCUGGACGGAAGAGUAGGAAAACAGUGUAGAGAGAGAUGGCACAACCAUUUGAGGCCAGAUAUCAAGAAAGAUGCUUGGAGUGAAGAAGAAGAUGGAAUUCUAAUUGAAGCUCAUAAGCAAAUUGGGAACAGAUGGGCAGAAAUAGCCAAGAGAUUACCUGGAAGAACAGAAAAUACUAUAAAGAACCAUUGGAACGCAACGAAGAGAAGGCAACUCUCAAUUAGGCGAAAAGGGAAGGAAUCGAAUUCGAGAGGCACAUUAUUGCAGAGCUACAUUAAGACUUUAACUACUCAGAAACAAGACCAGAAAAAUCACUACAAUGAGAGCUCAGUUUCCUCCCCAUUCGUCGCAGAUCAACUGAAUGCCCCGACAGAUUACGAUGACUAUAUCAGCGAAGCAUUAAACGUUUCUCUGGAGGCAAAUAACUUGUUUGAUGAUAAUAGUUAUGGGUUUGGGGUUGAAGAGAGCCAAAUGGAGUAUGAGAUGGCGAUGGAAUUGGACAGUUUGAUUAAGGGUUCUACUACUAGUGAUCAAGCCAUGAAGGAGAUGGAUUUGGUAGAGUUUAUCACACAAGGAACCCAGAAUUAAUUUGGUGGCGCUUGCUUGCUUGUUUGCUUGCAUGGAUUGCAUGAAAUCUAUGAGUGACAUUUUUAAGAAUAUUUUAUCUUUUAUGUUUUUAUUUUCUGCUUUAAUUAUAUAAAGAAUGUUUUUCUUGGACAUAA